UUCCUGAAAUGUGUCUGCCCCUUAACGCACCUGCGCUCAAGUUGUUUCCAUGGCAACGACAACAAACGCGGUUCUUGGUUUGGUCGUCGGAAUCGGGACAAACUACCAAAUCCUGCAGAUAACUUAAACAACACUAGCUUCGUGUUAAGAUCACCUAUUGUUGGUCGUUACAUUUCGAUAUCAAGACCAAGAUGUCUGAGGUGGACGAUGAUGCAGUCUUAUCGGAUGUAGAGGGGCAGGAUGAAACGCAGCAAGACGGAGUCGGAGAAGACGAGAAGGUACAGGUUUGCCAUUUGACCCAAGAAACCAUAAGUCAGGGGCUCUCAUUACUGUGCCGGACGGGAAAUGGACUAGGACAUGCGUUUGUCAAAUUGGACCUAAAAGACAAAGGACUGAAUGACAUAGCUGCAAUUAGCAGUUACAUUCACAUUCGUUUUCUGGACGUGUCCAACAACCAGCUUACUGAUCUAUCUCCUCUGGCAUCUCUGACCCAACUGCUUUGGCUGAAGGUUGACAAUAACUUGGUGGAAUGGUUCAAGGGGCAACCUUUUGCUCAAUUAACAUACCUGCAGUGGCUGAGUAUGGCAGUGAACCGGCUGACAGACCUGGAUGGCCUGGUUGGGCCUGCUUUAGAGACCCUCAAUCUCACAGGUAACAGUAUUAAGAGAGUGACUGGUCUUCAGAGUGGCUGUUUUGCUAAUCUGGUAUGUCUAGAGCUGAGAGGAAACCACUUGGAUACCACUGAUGGCAUCAACCUCCCCAACCUACGACGAUUAUAUCUGGCCCAGAACGUGAUCAAACAUCUGGUGGGUUUGGAGAGGUUAGAGCGCCUUACCACCCUUCACCUUCGAGACAACCAUCUAGAUACUCUGGAAGGUCUGAGCCCUAACAUGAAGUGUCUCCAGUACCUCAAUGUCAGAGGCAAUGCCAUCUUAGAUGAGAAUGCCCUACGAUGGCUUGCACUUGUGUCGAAAACUCUUCGCGCUUUGGUCAUCUCCGACAACCCGCUGGUAGAAACGACAGACUACCGGCUAAGUGUACUGAUUCUUGUGCCACAGCUGGAGCGAAUUGAUAAAGAUCCAGUGUCUCCUGAGGAGAGGAUCGACGCCCGGGAGAGAAUCAGGGAACUUAAAGAAGAGGAAAUACCUGAGCCAUAAGAUUAGUAAUGAUGGCCAAAAUGAGGAAGUGUUUUACUUCCUUGACCUUCUUGAAAAGACGGGUGGAUGACUGUGAUUGCAUUUUCUGUGUUCUAAGUAUUGUGUAUCUUGAUAGAAUGUCUUGUAUGAUGCAUCAUCCAUAAAUUUGUACAUUAA